UGGGAACGACGUCUGCUUUUGAGGCUUCAGUCAAAAUUUAAUACUCGGCUUCAUGUCUCAAAACUGUUUCCUUAAAAAUACCCUUCGGCCCUACUUACCAAAUUAAGCAGCCAUCCUCCAGGGAUGUCUUCCUUGAGGCACCUGCUGACCUUCUAUCUGAAAGCCAACCGUCGACAGUGAAUAGGAAAAUGCCAGCGCAGCUGGACAACCAGGAGGUAGAUAGAGAUGGAGACGAUCCAGUGGAGCUGGCGACACUGAUUCUAAAAGCUGAUCCCCGUUAUCGCAUCAAGCCGAUGCAGCAGGUCGUGUCUGCGCUCUUCGGCGGCCUCCUUACCACCUUUGUCGUAACGCCGCUUGAGGUGGUAAAGACGCGGGUGCAGACGCAGCAUGCGAUCCGCCAGCGACCGACCAUCUCCAAGCUCUGCUAUGUCUUCCACAACGGCCUAAUGACCCAUGUGUGCCGUUCCAGUGACCUUUGUUACCCCAAGUCGGGUCGAAUUCCCCACAGCCUACGUCCGCCACGCGGCUCCUUGGACGCUUUCCUCAAGAUCCUUUGCAGCAGUGGCCCGCGUGGCCUGUGGGCCGGCCUCAGUCCCACGCUCGUCUCGGCCCUGCCCUCCACAAUCAUCUACUUUCUGACGUACGAAUAUUUUAUGAACUCCCUAUCCCAUUUCUAUCUGGUAACGCGCAUGAGCGCCGUCAGCUGGAAUAUAGACGAGGCUCCGUACUGGGAAUCAGAGCCUGGAGCCGCCGGUGGGGAUCCCUUGGACACCCCAAAGCGUCCAAGAAAUGUAAACGCCCCGGCAAAUGUCGCCUCAGUCGUCCCCUACUACGUGCCUAUGGCCUCGGGCAUCUGUUCGCGCACCCUGGUGGUCACGGCCAUCACGCCCAUCGAGAUGGUGCGUAUCAAGAUGCAGUCGGAGUACAUGACCUACUCGGAGCUGUGGCAGGUGCUGCGCUCGCUCAUUCGGCGGCACGGCGUGCUGGGGCUCUGGCGUGGUUGGCCGCCAACCGUGAUGCGCGACGCUCCCUUCUCCGGGACAUACUGGGCAACCUAUGAGGCAAUGAAGCGGACCUUUAGCGUUACGGAGCCCUCAUUCAUGUUCAGCUUCCUGGCGGGUGCCAUCUCCGGAGCGGUGGCCACUCUGGUGACCAUGCCCUUUGACCUGGUCACCACCCACACCCAGAUCGAGCUGGGCCAGAGCGUGCUCAACGAGAAGAGCAACAAGGACAGGCCGCCGCAUGGAAAACCCAGUACUGGUGGUGCUCUGGCCAAGCCCUCGGUGUUCUCCCGCCUGGGUCAGAUAUACCGGCGACAGGGCGCCCGGGGACUCUACGUUGGGGUCAUGCCGCGCAUGCUCCGUGUGGUGCCCGCCUGUGCCAUCAUGAUCUCAACCUUUGAGUACAGCAAGUCGUUCUUUUUUCACUAUAACGUGGAUCUCCAGGAAACAGCCUACCGACAAAACACCUAGCGAAGACACACUCGUGCUCCGGCUACAACAAGAACAGCAGCAGCAGGAGAUAUGGCCACACGGGGGCCCUGUACACAUCUGGCGGC